GUUUGUCGCACUGCAUUAUGGUUCUUGGAGUUCGUUUCUGAUCUUUCUCGAUUGUACUUGAGCUCUGUCUGUGCUGCACUAUGAUGAUGUCUUCGGGCAGCACAGCGUUGCAGACAUCUGAUUCUGGGAGCGGAGGAAACAGGAGGACACCGUGUUCGUUUUACGGCUGUAAGCGGGUGUACUCAGACAUGACAGCUCUGGAAAGCCACAUCAAGGACCAUGACAUCCCAGCUCAGUCUCUUCCAGGAAAGGUCUUGCUGUGCUCCACUGUCGGAUGCAGUGGUUCCUUCCCCAACAUGCAGAAACUGAUGGAACAUAUGAGGCAUCAUCACAAACCCAACAUAUUCUUCCUGUGUGAGAGCUGUCGCACAAAGCUGCGAUCCUACCGAGGCCUCCUGACUCACCUGCACACCUGUUCCAAAGUGCCGCGGGGCAAAACGAAGACGCCCCCCCUGCCCGCUUCGACCCACCCUAACGCGUCCUUCGCCGACGCGGACCAGAAGCCCCCGCUGCUGGACCAGAAGCCCCCGCUGCUGGACUCAAUGUCCUCACCCCAGCAACUAACCUAUCACACCCCAAACUCAGAAGAUUCCUUCCCUGCUGCAGAUGAGAAGCCAGACCCUGCUGCCCACCUUCUCCUCAGCCCCCCCUUCCUAUCUAACCUGGAGACCUCCCCUCCUCCGCAACUCACAGAGGCUGAUCUCCAGCCUGAGAUCAAGGUUGAAGCCACUGAUGUGCCUAUACUGCCCGGCCCAGCAGCAGCUCCUGACUCACCUGAUGCCCAGAGCCAGUAUCUGACACAGACCAGGUCCCUGGAGCCUGUUCAUCCUGGUCCAGAAUCAGCUCCUCGCUCUCCCCCUGGGGCUACCAUUGUUUGGAAGAAGGGUCAAGGUCAGGUCUACAGCAGACGCAUCCUCUGGGAGCACACUAGAGGGCGCUACACAUGUGUGCAGUGUGGCCACGCGGUAACCAACCGCAAGGAAAUGAGUCAGCACAUCAGCACCAAACACAGCGGCAACAAGCCUGCAGAAGACACGGGGAGCUCCGCCUACAACACAUAGGGUGGAGCAGGAGGACGCAUUACUGAGUGAUGCUUUGUGGAUGCACAUGUUGUCUUUAUGUUGUCCCGGAGGACUGAUGGGUUCCAUUUACCUCGGGAGCCAGAGCCGGGAAUGACGUUACAAACGAGGGGAAUGGGUUCCAUUUAACUAGUACGAUUUCACAGUGGGGUUAGCUCUAGCCAGGUUAGCAACACCAGCAGCUAACAAGGCACCAGGUUGUUUUUUUGUGCAUUCAGACAGCGUAGCAACAGACAAAAGUUGGACAGGAGUGUGUGUGUGUGUUUGGUUUAACAAGACACAAAUAAGACGGAUGUGCUGAUAAACUAUAU